CCCGCAUGCUUUGCUUGGGUCCAGCACACCAACUGACAUGGGAUAUGAGGAUACCGCUGCGGUUUCCCCUGAUGAAAGACCCAAUACACGACCUACUUGUUACAAUUGAAAGUUGCUUGCAGGCCCAAACCAGGGCAACCGAACCUGGAAACGCCACCGACGCCGUCCGAUAUACUAGCACUGUGUUGAUGAUACCCAGGUAGUACCGAGGCUCAAUGUGGAUGGGGGGGGGGACGAAGGCGCGAGGAUCUGGCACGUUCCCUCUCAUUUGUCGCAGAAGCUGCAUUCAACCGAGAAUUCUUGCAUUGGGGCCGUUUUCAAUAUUCUGUAUCCCGGCUGGCAUCCCAAUCGCCAUGCCACGCCCGUCCCACAGCAACCUGGGAGCAAGGCUCAUUAUGGAGGGAGGCAGGGAGACCAUUGAACAAUCCUUGACUGAGCCAACUUUCCAGGCGUUCGAACACCGGCAGGGGUUGCCCCACACAAAACGACCACGUCCAGAAAAAUUCAAUCACAGCAAUCCAUUUCUGCCAGGUGAACCCGCUCCUUCAUUCAUGUUUCUCGCCUCGACUCCCUGCCUUACCUGCCUUAUCGAGAAACCUGGAACAGUACUUAGUCCUCGUUGCCCCUCCUAUUGCCCGCGGCUUUCCUUCCUCUCCCCAACAUCGUAACAAACUUUUUAUCAAUCGCGGGCAAGUUUGUGUUGC